AUGGGGGACGAACAAAAGAAAUCUGAAGUUGAACUCCAGCGCCUGGACGAAUUUGUGAAGCAAGCACCGUCUGGAGACUACAACAUUGACCAAGAAAAGCAGAGGAUCUGCCGUCAAUUAGGCAGUGGACAAGAAAAGUGCGUUCAGUUGAACCUUGAAGCUACCGAGAUGUUCUCACAAAUGCAAAAGCUGGGCUUUUUCUGCGCAUUGCCCAUGGAUCCUACCAAGACUCAUAUGGAGUGCAAACAUGUAUCUAGAGUUUGA